CCGCCCGGUGGGAACGCGCCUUCCUUCGGCCUCGCCCUGUGCAGCGAGGGCGGUGGCAGCCGGGUGGGGCCGGGGGGGCCCGGCUCGCUGAGUGGAGAGGCUGGCAGUGCCGCCUUCUCCCGGGCCGCGGGGCCACCCUGUCCGGGCUGCCGGGAGCUCUACCUGGGACGGCCCCUGUGGGACUUGGGUGGGGACUUUGGUUCUGGCGGCGCCGGUGUUUCAGCCAUGUCUGACAAAAGUGAGCUGAAGGCGGAGUUGGAGCGCAAGAAGCAACGAUUAGCUCAAAUCAGAGAGGAGAAGAAGAGAAAGGAGGAAGAAAGAAAGAAAAAAGAAACUGACCAGAAGAAAGAAGUUCUUCCAGUACAAGAAGAAUCUGAUCUUGAAAAGAAGAGAAGAGAAGCGGAAGCAUUGCUUCAGAGCAUGGGGUUGACACCUGAGUCUCCUGUUGCUGUGCAACCUCUGCGAGUAGUAACAGCGGAUACCUGUCUGUUUCACUAUUUAGUCCCUCCUCCUACCUCUCCGUCUUCCAAAUCCGUGAGUACGCCAAGCGAGGCUGGAAGCCAGGACUCGGGGGAUGGUGCUGUUGGAUCCAGGACGCUGCAUUGGGAUACUGAUCCAUCAGUUCUUCAGCUCCACUCUGAUUCCGAUCUGGGACGUGGACCUGUUAAACUUGGAAUGGCCAAAAUUACUCAGGUUGACUUUCCUCCUCGAGAAAUUGUUACCUACACAAAGGAGACGCAAACACCUGUUAUGACUCAGCCCAAGGAAGAUGAGGAGGAGGAAGAUGAUGUGGUUGCACCAAAACCAUUAGUUGAACCUGAAGAAGAAAAAACACUGAAAAAAGAGGAGGAGGAGGAAGCUGCCCCUCAUGAACUCACAGAGGAGGAAAAGCAACAAAUUUUGCAUUCUGAAGAAUUUUUAAGUUUUUUUGACCACUCCACAAGGAUUGUUGAAAGAGCCCUUUCUGAGCAAAUCAACAUUUUCUUUGACUACAGUGGAAGAGACCUAGAGGACAAAGAAGGAGAGAUUCAAGCGGGAGCAAAACUGUCCUUAAAUAGGCAGUUUUUUGAUGAACGUUGGUCAAAGCAUCGUGUUGUCAGUUGUCUGGACUGGUCAUCUCAGUAUCCAGAAUUACUUGUAGCCUCUUACAACAACAAUGAGGAUGCGCCUCACGAGCCUGAUGGGGUGGCCCUUGUAUGGAAUAUGAAGUACAAGAAAACUACCCCAGAGUAUGUCUUUCACUGCCAGUCUGCAGUGAUGUCAGCUACAUUUGCAAAAUUUCAUCCCAAUCUGGUGGUUGGUGGCACGUACUCGGGCCAGAUAGUGCUGUGGGACAAUCGCAGCAAUAAGAGAACCCCAGUGCAGAGAACGCCACUUUCAGCUGCUGCUCACACGCACCCAGUGUACUGUGUAAAUGUUGUUGGGACCCAGAAUGCUCAUAAUCUGAUUAGUAUCUCAACCGAUGGGAAAAUAUGCUCUUGGAGUUUGGAUAUGCUUUCCCAACCACAGGAUAGCAUGGAGCUGGUUCACAAACAGUCCAAGGCUGUGGCUGUUACCUGCAUGUCUUUCCCUAUUGGAGAUGUCAACAACUUUGUUGUUGGCAGUGAAGAAGGCUCAGUAUACACUGCAUGCCGUCAUGGCAGCAAAGCUGGAAUCAGUGAGAUGUUUGAAGGACACCAGGGACCAAUCACAGGUAUCAACUGCCAUGCAGCAGUUGGACCUGUAGACUUCUCACAUCUUUUUGUCACCUCUUCUUUUGACUGGACAGUAAAGCUUUGGACAACGAAGAAUAACAAACCUCUCUACUCCUUUGAAGACAAUUCUGAUUAUGUUUAUGAUGUGAUGUGGUCUCCAACUCACCCUGCCUUGUUUGCCUGUGUGGAUGGGAUGGGCAGGCUUGACCUGUGGAAUCUCAACAAUGAUACUGAGGUGCCCACUGCAAGCAUCACUGUGGAGGGCAAUCCUGCUCUGAACCGUGUGAGAUGGACACAUUCUGGGAGAGAGAUUGCUGUAGGUGAUUCAGAGGGACAAAUAGUUAUAUAUGACGUGGGAGAGCAAAUCGCCGUUCCUCGCGGGGACGAGUGGACGCGCUUCGGCCGAACGCUGGCAGAGAUCAACGCCAACAGAGCUGACGCAGAGGAGGAGGCUGCGAGCCGCAUCCCGGCGUAGAGCCAGCCAGCCUGCCUGCAGCGCUGCACGGGGAACCGCUGCGUGCAAAUCCUGGAGUGUCUGAGCACAGCGUGGGGGAGGAAUAGAUGGAUUCAACAAAGGACUUGGAAAUGUAAUAAGAUCACUGAAAAUCAGGUCUUGAGUUUUGUUUUAUAUAUGAAUUACAAGCACAUUCUUGGAUUUGUGUAACUUUUAAUACAGUUAACUUUGACUUUGCAGGGAUCUUCUUUUGCUGAAACACUAACCUGGUAUAAAUUUGCUACUUGGCUUCUGUAAAGUCCAAUCUAAAACAGUAUCUUUCUGAAAAGUAAAAAUUUUGCUCCUGAAACUUUCUGUAUUACAGACUAACCUUCAUUAGGUAGUAAAUCUCUGAAGCAUUCUGUACUUUGAACUCUUCAAAUUACCCAUGAUAUGCAUGCAUAUGUUCCAAGUUUCAUUGUUUAUAUAUAGAUAAGCCUCAGACUCUGGUAGUGGGUAAUAUAUGUGAAUAAAAAUUUGUCUGUAGUUACAAACUUAUGUGAUAAUCAGAACUGAAUUAAUGAAAUACGUAUUUAAUACCAAUUUCCUUUUGUUUGAGUUGGUGCACUAAAAGGUGAGACUGAUUCAUAAAUAAAUACUAUACGAGCACUU